UAACAAUGAUGUUAAGAGCCACACUCAUUUUUCCAAAGCCUCUCUCUGUUUUCUGCAACUUUGCUUCUGUUUUUUUUGAACAAUAAUGGAUUCACUUCAAAUGAAGAAGAUUCAAGCCAUCAACAAGCAGAGGAAACAGCGGCUUCUCAACAAGAUCAUGCUCUACUCUUUCACCUCCAUGACUUGCAUUUUGAUUCUCUCAAGUCCUCUUUGUUCUAAGUGCAUUUUCUUAGUUGGAAACAUUAUAGUCAUCGUUCUUGUUGGAGAGUCCAAGAUUUUCAAAUCAAGUUCUAAUGUACUGAAACAGAGCUAUGCAGCAGAGCAAGAAGAUGAUGAUAAGAACUUCAUCUUUGUUACCAGAGAGUGUACAAUUUCAACAUCGAAAUAUUCUUCUUCUUUACCUGUUAGUGUAAAUUUGAAAUUUGGGGCAGAGCAAGAAGAGGAAUUUUGCGGAUAUGAUUCAAAACAAGAAGAAGAGGAAAAGGGAAGUGUUAAGGGAAACUACUGUACCAGCAAUUACAGAGAGAAUGAAGAAACAGAGCAUAAUGAAUUGAGCAAGAGAGCUGAUGAUUUCAUUGCAAGAGUCAAUAAUCAAAUUAGACUUGAAGCUGUAUCAAUGAUUUAGGCUGAUCAUACAUUUUCCCAAUUGUAAAACAAACUGCAAUAUGCAUAACUUGUUCCCAACUAAUGAUGUGAAGUUGUUUAUACUGUCACUUAAAUUACUCUAUUAUGAUAUUAUAAACGAAGUUGACACUUGAA